ACAUCCAACUACCUCUUGUAAACUCUCUGAAAGCGACAGCUGCAACAAUGUGGGGAGGAAAUUCUGGAAUGCCCACUCCGAACCAUCACCACCACCACCAUAACCAUAACCAACAGCAAAGCCGCGGCUAUCCCGGAAACUAUGCACCUCCCCCUGGUCCACCUGGUGGCGGGUACGCACCUCCCCAAGGUCCCCCCGGCGGCGGAUAUGGCGGGUACGCUCCUCCUCCUGGCCCUCCAGGCGGAGUAUAUGCGCCCCCACCAGGCCCUCCUGGCGGUGGGUAUGGCGGCUAUCCCCCUCCUCAAGGCCCUCCAGGCGGGUAUGGACCGCCUCCUGGCGCACCUCCCGGUGGAUACGGAGGCGGAUACGGGGGCGCUUAUGAGGGAGGUGGAGGCUAUGCACCGCCCUCGGGUCCCCCACCCAUGCCACCGAACCAGCAGCAGCACUAUGGUCCACAGAUGCAGGGCCAGGCUGGUCAGCAGCAGCAGCCGUUCUUCAAGUACUCGCAGUGCAAUGGACGCAAGAAGGCCCUUUGCAUCGGCAUCAACUACGUUGGACAGCGAAACGAGCUCGCCGGAUGCAUCAACGAUGCGCGUAACAUUCAGGGCUUCCUCAUCAGCCAGUUCGGGUACAAAUCGGAUGACAUUGUGAUGCUCACAGACGACCAGCGAGACCCACGUGGUCAACCGACUAGGGACAACAUUAUUCGGGCCAUGCAGUGGCUCGUCAACAGUGCCUCGGAGAACGACUCUUUGUUCUUCCAUUAUUCCGGCCAUGGUGGUCAGACCAAGGAUCUCGACGGCGAUGAAGACGACGGAUACGAUGAAGUGAUCUACCCGGUCGACUUUGACAACGCUGGCCACAUUGUCGACGACGACAUGCACGCCAUCAUGGUGCGCCCGCUUCCUCCUGGAUGCCGUCUGACGGCGAUCUUCGACUCUUGCCACUCGGGUUCGGCUCUCGAUCUCCCAUACGUCUACUCGACCGAAGGCAAGAUCAAGGAGCCCAACCUCGCCGCCGAGGCCGGACAGGGCCUGCUGUCCGCCGUGUCGAGCUACGCGCGGGGCGACAUGGGCGGCGUGUUCAAGUCCGUUACCGGCCUCGUGAAGACGGCGACGGGUAACCAGCAGAAGGCGGAGAAGUACGCGCGGGCGACGAGGACGAGUCCGGCUGACGCUAUCUCGUGGAGCGGGUGCAAGGAUUCGCAGACGAGCGCGGAUACGCAGGAGGCCGGGCGCGCGACGGGCGCGAUGAGUUAUGCGUUUAUCGCUGCGCUCAGCCAGAACCCGCAGCAGAGCUACAUUCAGCUGCUCAACAGCAUCCGGGACAUCUUGAGAGCCAAGUACAGCCAAAAGCCGCAGCUCUCGUGCUCGCAUCCCAUGGACACGAACCUGCUGUUCAUCGCGUGAGCGCGAGCGCAAAUAGCUCAAGAGCCCAAGAGCCCGAGUGUAGCUUGCCGAGGCUUCGAUGGGGGUCUGCCGGUGUCGGAGGAUGGAUGUUCUACAGUGUAAUGUGGUGUUAACGGAUGUUCUGGUGGUUCCUAUAACUGUGUUUCUGUUUAUGUUUCUGUGCAUUGUCGUUUCUGUAUCACACUGUAUCUCUUUAUUGUGACGAAAGCCAGCGGACUAUAUUUAUUCGUGUCUGUCUUGAAGUGACGAUAUCGGUUGGUGAUCCGCGUCCGAGUAACAUGGACAUACGACGGACGAUAAACGUUGAACGAUGGUCUAUUGUCACAGAGUUCUUAUAAUAAUACAACGCACAACGCCCUCUACGAGUAC